CAAUAAAAUCAUAUAUGAUGAACUCCUGUGAAAUUACGUAUGUCAUCAAAAAUAUGUUUGAACGUUAAACAACAAACAAAACGAUUAUCUCCUUUCAUUUUGUCACGGCUCCCACUGCUAUUUAUAUUAGUCUGUAUCAUCUUUGAACCUGCCUAUUCCACCUAAAAAUUUGUAGAUUUUGUAAAUAAAGUUUGUACUAUUUAUUUCCAAACUUAAAAUUAUAAAACAGUCAAAAUUUAUAAAUUGUAAAUAAUACUCUUGAUUAAAUUGAGACGCUUCAGAUUUGCUUCCCGGAGUUCAACAUCACUUAUGUUCCACGAGCGCGAAAUCAGUUUUCAGAUAUUUUAGCUAAGACUGCUAGAUCUUUCCAUAGGAAGUUAUAUUUUAUUGGUUGUUCAAUUCCGGUCUGGUUACUCAGACCACCUCAAGCUUGAAUAAUAUAAUAGCUUUUGAACGUCAAAAAAAAAAAAAAAACGUGGAGACAGGGUGUAGUGUAGUGGCUAACAAACUUAUAGUAGUAGUUUAGUCUUUGUACAAUAUUCUUUUUUAUGACUCUCCUAUAGAAAAUUCUAUAAAUAUCCACUAAAACGCCAUAAUUUAUCUCCACCCUUCUCAAAGAAUAUAAACACACUACUACUUGAGAUUUUGUUUCAGAUUUUUCUGGUACACAAACAAAUGGCUCCAAGAACCUCUCUUGCACUCUUCCUUUUCCUUAACCUCCUCUUCUUCACUUACACUACUGCUCAAGGCACUUGUCCUAGAAAUGCCCUUCAGAUCGGUGCUUGCACUAAUGUGCUCAAUGCAAUUGACUUAACAUUAGGAAACCCACCGCCACCAGUACCGCCGUGCUGCUCGCUCAUUGCAGGCUUGGCUGACCUUGAGGCUGCAGUCUGUCUCUGUACCGCGCUGGACGUUAACGUUCUUGGCAACAACGUUCACCUUCCCAUCGAUAUCAGCGUACUUUUAAAUGCUUGUAGCAGAUUUGCUCCACCAAGUUUCCAAUGCCCGUAAGUUGAAUACGUAUGAGAUAUCUGAAGACAUACCGAAAAAAUAAAGGUUGAACUUGUUGCCUGUAGUCUUUUGCUUUUAAACUGGUGAUUUCUUUUGUAUUUGUAACUUUCUUCGAUUGAAUAAAAUGAUGAGUGUAACGUUCUCAUGCAAUAAUGGGUUUGUGUGUGUAAUCGCCAUGUUCGUUGCCCUUUUACUUCAUUGUUCUACCUUACCUUCGUUUGUAAAACGUUUCGUUCGAAUUUGAUUAAUAAAAGCUUCAAUCGGUGUUAUUGUCUA